AUGAAGCCGCCACAACGGUUGGGAGUAGCCCGCGCGCAGGGCUACUGCGUCAACUGCCUUGCGCUCACCCACACUACCGGGGAAUGCGACUCGCUGGGUAGUUGCAAGACCUGCGGGCUAGCGCACCACACGCUGCUGCAUGUGGCAGCCAACACCCAUGCGCGCACGGGGCCAAGGGAACAGGGGCCCAAGAAGAGAAAACCGGCCACAAAGGCCCCAAGGAGCGUCAAGCGGCGCGCACCGCCGAAGAAAAAGGCGCUGAAGAAGGCGCAGAAGAACCCGCGCAACCAGGCGCCGCAACCGCCGCGCAAGAAGACCGCCCAACGGACGAUCGCGCGCACUCCCCAAGGCUUUCAAACGUCCAAUUUCCAGGGCCGCACUACCCGCCGCGUCCUUGGCAACACGAUCCGCGCCCUGAAAGAGCUGCAGGAGAGGCUCAGCAACGCAUUCCUGCAGGGCGGGGACGAUGUUUAA